CCAAGCCCACCAUGGCCGACGAGAUCGAUUUCACUACUGGAGAUGCCGGGGCUUCCAGCACCUAUCCUAUGCAGUGCUCGGCCCUGCGCAAAAACGGCUUCGUGGUGCUCAAAGGGCGACCGUGCAAGAUAGUGGAGAUGUCAACUUCCAAAACUGGGAAGCACGGCCAUGCGAAGGUUCACCUUGUUGGAAUUGAUAUUUUCACUGGCAAAAAAUACGAGGAUAUUUGCCCUUCUACUCACAACAUGGAUGUUCCGAAUAUUAAGAGAAAUGAUUAUCAACUGAUAUGCAUUCAGGAUGGUUACCUUUCCCUGCUGACAGAAACUGGUGAAGUUCGUGAGGAUCUUAAACUGCCAGAAGGUGAACUAGGCAAAGAAAUAGAAGGAAAAUACAACGCAGGCGAAGAUGUACAGGUGUCCGUCAUGUGUGCAAUGAGUGAGGAAUACGCUGUAGCCAUAAAGCCCUGCAAAUAAGGCGGGGCAGACAUCAGGCCUGAAUAAACCAUUUAGGCCUGGGUCAUUUGCAGGUGUCAAGUUUGGCUAUAAGUAGCCACCAAAGCCAUGGCCUUCAUCAGCCAGCUCGGUUUUUUGUUUUUUUUUUUUUGUUUUUUUUUUUUUAACUUUUUUGACAUUAUACUGGGUUAGUUUUGUAAGUAACUGGCAAAUUAAGAAAAUAAGAUAUAUGACUCUUUUUCCGUAGUUUUGUAGAUCUCUUCCCUGUAACAUUCCUGUGGUUUUCAGUAUGUGACUCCAAGAAUCAGACAAGAUAGUUUCAGCAAAUAUAAUUUGUGUGAUAAAAUUACUCUGUCAUUUUUUUUAGUCAGUGAUAAGUAAACCAGGGUUUGAAAUCAGCAUAACAUAGAGUGGUAUUACAGUGCCACAUUAGGUUGAUUUGCUCUGUAUUCAUUUCAGACUUAAUAGUAUAGAAUCUAUGAACUGUGGAUUGGAAUUGUCAGUACGGCAAAAAAAAAAAAAAAACUUUUUACAAAAUUAUGUUAUCAAAACUGUCAGUUAUCUUGGUGGGCAUGUACAACUACAUGUUUCCCUCCAUCAUACUAUCCUUGGCAACUCUGAAAUCACCCUAUAUGGUGAAACGGAAGUACCUUCUUGUAGUUAACACAUUGAACCUGUGCAUUGAACCUAUGAAUAUGCACUACUUCAUAAAGUUUGCCAAUAAUGAAAUUAAAAGGUGGGUUGAUUUACCUGUUAAAUUCAAAGCAAAAACUUCAUGGAAUAAAUUUUGUGAUGGGAUUUUCAAAUGUUUCACAGCAAAGUAAACUUACGUUUAAUUCCAUUUUUCACAAACUUAUUGAAGUAGACACUUGUGAACAAGUUAGUCUGUAAAGAAGAGAAAUGUGAGAAAAGGGUUUGCAUCAAGCUGUAGGUUUUCAUUUGCUGCUUUUGUACUCAGCAUAGUAGUACAGAGUUAUUUUCAGGUUCUGUUUUUGACUUUUGUAACACCACCAGCAAUCCCAACAUCAAGAGGAAUGACCUGCAUUUAUAAGAUUCUGUGCAGUGCUUCCUUCCAACAAUGUUCGUGAAAAGUUAACAUUUAUCACCAGUUAUUCCUUUCUUAUGAGUAGAUUUUUGGGCAAUAGAAUAUUUUGUUAGAUGAAAACUGGAAAUUCUUUAACUUUAUUUGAAGACUUUGUAAAAUUCAUGUCCAUUUUGCUAAAGUGAAAUGAAAAAUAAUCAUGGAAGAAGUGCUACUUUGUGCAAAAAUUUAUUAUAAACAUGUAUGUUUUCUGAUUGUCAUAUGACUUAAUUCAAUGACUAGUAUGAUAUAUAACUGAGAAAGAAUCCUACAAUUUAAUUAUUUUAAAAGGUAUUUUAAGUGACAGCCUGAAUUUCUCUGUACUCUUUUGAGUCCCAUGUAUGUUUCCAAGACAUUUAGAGUUUGUGAGCAUCUUUGACUUGGUUACAUUUAUUAUAUUGUAGUGAAACUUAGAGCCAAAUCAUAUCUAAGUAAUACCUUGAUUUUUUUUUUUUUUUUAAUUCUGAAGCCUUCCUCCUCACCCCACAUCAUGCCUUGGCCUCUUAAAGACCCUUACUCUCAUCCUCUAGCAAAAUCUCCAUGAUGACCUAACCAACCGAAUCAGCAGUAGGAACCAGAACUGGGAGCAGAGCACUCCAGUCUUACAGACUUAAUUUGUUACUCUGUCUUAAAUUCAACAGACCCUUUGAGAAGAAGCAAGAUACUUUCAGAAAAAAAAAAAAAGAAAAAAAGCAAGGUGAAUUCUAAAGCACAAGAAAUAUGGAGGUGGUCCUUAAAUGUUUUUUAGUAUAGCAGUGUUAGCUUUUGCCCAUCUAAAGCACAAUUAGGAAUUAGGCUAACUUCUUUCCAGUAUUCUGUGUAAGUAUCUGCUACAUGCUCCUCCAGGUCUUAGUACCCUGGGAUGUGUAACCUGCCGCCAGUCAACAUUGUUAUUACUCACAGGAAUUCCAGAAACUUAUCACUCAUGCUGCUUGCUGAUCAGUUCGAUGGCCCCAGCCAACGAUGCUAGUGUUCUGAACUAGUAUUAUUCUUUAUUGUAGCAUGUCUUUGUCCUUAACUUGUCCGACUUCAUGUAAAUAUAUUUUCAACUGAGAUAUAAGGGUGUACAAAUUAUGAGAAUGCAUCUCUAUCUUCAUACUUGAAUGGCAAAAGAUAUUUAUGUAUAAAUAUCUCAUUUUAAGUAUAUAUGAAAUGUAAAUACUCUGUGUAACUAUACGUAUAGAUUUUGAAGAUUUGAGACUUUAUUUUCACAUGACUCAAGAUAAUUCUUUAGGGCAAAAUUUUCAUUCAGUAAAGCUUUAUAAAUUGCAUUAAAAAGGAAAGCAGGGGACAAAUAUUUUUAAUAGAAGUCAUUUCAUUUUCGACAUUAGAGAAGUGUUUCGAAGUUUAUUGGUAGUCUUUGUGUUUUGUGUGCAUGUGUGUGUGGUUUUUUUUACUAAGUGUUAAAUGUCACAAAUGACAUUGUAUGGAAUGUUGAUUGUAUUAACAUGAAUAUUUAUUUCUUGCUGUAACAUUUUGUUUCUACUGAAGAAGAUUGUUAUUAUAGCUCAUUUACUAAAAGGUUGUAUACCCUUUGAGAUAGCUCAAACCACAGCUCCUUUGACUUUGCACUUGCAUCAAAACAUAAUUGUGAUGUUUUGUUCAUGCGCCUCUCUGGGGUCUGUCAAUCACUUGAAGAAAUUUGCUGCUAGCCAGGCUUGAAGCCCAUGACUGUUUCCCUUCACGGUACAGUUUCUGUACUGUUGCUUUAAAGUAAUACCAAAACUUCUGCAGCCAGAGAAUAUCUUUAGUAGGAAAUGCUGCAGUAAAAUAUUUAGGCUAUGAAAUCUGGGGACACAGUUUCUCAUUAUUGCACUAUUUGAGUGCACACACAGCUUUAUAUGUUUGUUCUUUUUCCAAAGUCUUUCCAAUUUUUAAAAAGUACUGUAGUCUGGUAGUGCCUCUAAUGUUGGUACAUUUUUUUUUAUUUAAAAUUUUUUUCUGGAAUUUGUUUUUGUACUCUAGGGUUUCUCAAUUAGAUUAUUUCUAGUUGAGCUAUAAUUUGAAUGCUUUAUUCUCAGGGCUGUUUAUGCUAAGAACUGAAGUUUCAUUAUUUAAAGCUAACUGCCGAAAGUAUGUUGUGAAAUUUUCCCAAAAAUUGUAAUACAGUGAUGCAUACAUACAUAAUAAAAAUUCUUAAUACCAACCUCCUUAAACUACAUGUUAAGUAUUAAAGAAAAAAGAAAACGUUAGUAAUAUCAAUAUUAGAAUCUUGCAUAUGUUUUCACUUUAUAAUAGAAUUUGGUAGCCUUACCUUAAAAACCUAUUCUUAAUGAUACAUUGAAAGUAUUCCUUUGGAAAGAACCCCAAAGGUGGCAUAAUCUUUUGAGUACAUCAAGAUGUUUACAUAAUGAUCCUGACAAUGAACUAGGAACACACUGACUCUGAGAAAAUAUGACUCUUAUCACAAAGGCAAAAACAAGAAUAUUUCCAUAAGCAGUAUAAUAUAUUGAUUAACAGAUUCAGGUUUUCUAAUAGCAUGCAUGCAUAACAUUUCAUAGUUUUCAAGAUUUUUUUUCUUGCUACCAUUAAAACAAAAAAAGACAACAAAGAUAUAAGAAAAAUUUAGUUUGAGAAUCAUAAGUUUGAGACAACUCUAUCAACUUUAUUAAAUUUAUUUGCUCUGAAUUUGGUAUAUGGUAUCAUUAUUUGAUUUUGCAGGGAACAUUUGGAUUUAACUUAUGGACGGCAGAUGUUCUGUGGGAACAUGACUGGAAGUCACUGUAUAAUUUGCUUUUCCAUUAAGUAAACAUCUGAACACCAACUGAACUACCAAGUGAGGUCAAGUGCCUGCCAAGUACUGUGUCCAUGUUCCGAAUGUGAAAGAUACAUCUCCUAGCAAUGCAUAGCAGACUCUCACUGGCUGGAAACUGGCUUGUUGCCAACUUGACCACACACAGACCUCCGUUCUCCUGAGGACAGGCAGCAACUGGUCUUAUAAUGUAAUAAAGAGGGACUCCUUCAUUUCUAGGAAGUCAUGAAAACUCUGUUUUAGCAUUGAUAGAAUUAGGUUUGUUUCAGUUCGAGAUGGCACUUUCUAAAAGCUCUGGACUGAGCUGUAUUCAGCAGUGAUGGAACAGCUCGUCCUAAAGCAGCUGUGAUCAUUCUCAAGGGGAACCUAUGACUCACAUCUACUUUUCACUGCGAUUAAUAUCAAUUAUACGAAAGCAUUCGAUUAUUGCAAAUAAUGCAGAUUACUAGUUCUGUGCUAGUGUAAUGAAACUAAUUUUAUACUGUUGUGUACAUUAUUGUCUUCUCCAAAGAUAAAAUAGUUGCAAUGGCAUUGUCUACUCCAGUGGCACUUCCUUAAUAAUACAGUUUUACUUGUCUUAGGUAGAGAACUCUUGUUCUGACCUGCAGAGAUCCAAAUGUUUUAGCCAAAUCUUCAAAGUAGCUAUGUAAGUAAUAUCAUUAUUAUAAUUGUGCAUUAUGCAUUUCAAAAAUGGCCAUAUUUCAAACGUAGAGUACUUGGCCCUACUAAAAUAUUUGUAGCUGGUGAACUUAUGCAUUUAAUGUUUCACUAAAAUAUGUGUAUAUUUAUUAAUAUCAUCCGUUAUAUUAAAUAAAAUACAAUUUAACAG